UUACCAUGACAACGGCAACAGCUGUUAGGAAAACAAGAAGUGUUGACGAAAGAGGAAGCAGGAAAAACUACCCCUUUUACCCAAAAGUUUCUAUUAAAUUUCCAAAAUCUGAGUAAGCUUAGGCAUCCAUUGAGAACAUGACGACACAAAUGUUGCUGAAGAAGUGGGCGCGACAGCGUGAAAUGCAAGAACAGAAUAUUGAGAAGUCGCGAGCUGCAAAGAAUUUCUUCGAUAAGAAUCGCAAUCUCACAUCUCACUUUGAAUCCUGGACCACAUCGCAAUUCUACGAGAAUAGUAGUCAGAAAAUUGAACGCACCAAGGAGACGCGACGGAGGGAGGAAGAGCUCUGUGAGCGCCGACAGCGACUCCGGGAAUUGCGAGAUAGGGAAGAACAGGAAUGGCAGCGAGAGCUCCAGGAGGGACGUAGACAACGCCAUAAAAUACCCACAAAAUGCCUCACGGAGAUUAAUUAUCACAUUGCGGAGGAAGAAAAGCGCAAGAAUGAUCUGGAAAAUCAACUAUAUAGUCGAUGGCGUUUGGAUGCCACGCGCGACAAGGUGAUCCACGAAAGUCGUAGCACCCACGAAGCUCUAGCUAAAUUAAGUUGGUUAGAUAGGCAGGUUGAGCAGAACAUGGAGCGUGAGAAGCGGGACAGAGAGGCGGCAGAACGUGAACAGCGGAUGCAGGAAGAAACAGAGCGUCAGGAGAGAUUGCUGGAAAAGAAUCGUCAAGUUCUUGAUUCCCAAAUGCGAGAGCUUCAUUCGCUGCAGGAAACCCAUAUGAAUGAUAUGCAGCGGCAGGAUGCAGAAAGUCGUGCCCUGAAAGAGGAAGAGAAUCAGCUACGGGAGCGUCUGCGUAAAAUUGAAGAACUUUUCCAAAUGUGGCAGAAUAAAUUGGCCACUCUCACAGGAUCAUCCACCAGACCAAUGCACAAUCUCCGCCGUAUAAAAAUGCUCCUUGAUAUGCGAAUAAGAGGUGUCCGGGAGAGAAUUGAAAUCGAUGUGGACUUCCUGAAAAAUCUUUUUGAUGCAACCGAUGAUGUCACACUAAAGCCACUUAUGGAUAAAUUCUACAAGCAUAUGGAAGAGACAGCAAGUGACAGUGACUACGUCCGCAAUCUGUAUGAUUCUGAAGCAAAAUCAUAUCUAAUGGAACGAGAAGUCAUUUGGAGUGCCAUGGCGGAAAUGCGCGAACGGCUAAUCCGUCAUAGUGUCACAGAACUUCUCAAUCGAACAAAUCUCGAGAUUGAAAGGAACAUUAAGAGAUAUCAGGAGCUGAGUGAUAUUAAAGCUACACACCUACGUGCUCUGGAUCAUACAAAUGACUUGCUCAGAGAGCUAAAAAGAGAUCACAGUGCACCACAGCAUAGUCCUCGAGUUCAAAUGCAAAUUGAUACAUCAUCCGUGUCAGAGGAAACAUCACGGGAGCAAGGUGGGAAGCAACAUGAUGAUUGUUAUUCAAUUGUCAAUCAGUUGAGUAGUCAGAGAAUAACACCCAGAGAUGAUACACCCCUUCUUGGAGGAGCUCCACGCUUUGGCAGGAAGAAAAUUGCUUGGAGAUAGAAGCGAGGUAAUGUUGAAAUUUAUUUUAAAGAUUUUAUUCUUGUGGCUUGAUUCGGAGGAAAGUCCUUUCUAAUCUCUCGAAAUAAUUUAAUAAAAAAUUCUUCAGCUCUUA